GAUGAGCUGAUGUGGGGCAGCCAGACCCCAACGCGCUGCGGGGGGGGGGGGGGGGAAGCCGCGGCGUGUGGCGCGGCUGGCGAGCGCCGCGGCCGAAGAUGGGGGGAAGGUGCUCGAGCCCCCUGACCGGGCGGCAGCGCAGGUACCUGAGAGGUCGCGCCGACGCCGCGGUGAGGAGUUUCGUGCCCCAUUAUCGGAGGCAGCUGGCGGCCGCCCUCCUGCGCAGGGUCUCGGGGGAGCUGGAGCCCCGGGGGGCAGCGGCCCCGCAGCUCCUGCCGAGCCAGCUCCGGGGGCCGCCCGACGCCGCUCUGCACCACGGGUUGCUCUCCCAGUACGACGGCGAUUCCCGCAGCUGGCAGGAGAAUUACUUUGUCCUGCUCGGAGAUUUUACCCUGCGGUGGUUCGAAAGCGAAGAGGCCCUGAGGAACGGCUGCCAGCCCAGGGGCUCGACCGCUCUCUCCGGCUACCUGCUGCUGUCGUCGGCCGGCGAGUACGCCGAGCGGCUGGGCGAGCUGUGCCAAGGGCUCGCGGCCGCAGGGCGCGGGGAGCUCGCGGGGAACGGGCAUCCAGCCGUGCCUGCGCCAGCCUCCGUCGCGCAUCUUCCUCCUCCCCGAGGUGGCAGCCCCUUCGCCGACGCGCCAGGAGAGUCGUUGCUUUUCCUCUACCACCCUUUCCGGCGGCACUUCUGCUUCCGCGCGGGCUCGCGGCCGACCUGGAGGGCGGCUCUCGGGGACGCCGUCCGCGCCGGCAGCACGGAAUUACAGAGGGCGGAUUCUCUGGAGGCCGAGGCGUUCCUCGAGGCGGUGCGGUUUUACAGGCAGGAGAGAGGCCGCUACGGAGCGGAGGAUCUUCUCCUGGGGACGGAACCUGAGAUCCUCGGGAACGUGUUGAUGGAGGAUUUGCUGCCGGUGCUGCGCUCCCGGGUGCUGCCCGGCAUCGGAGGGGCGGAGAGGAGGCGGCGGCAGCUCUGGCUCCGGUUCCUCCAGGAGGUUUACACCCUGGUCCUCGGCGAAAUCUCCAGCGAACUCAAAAGUUUUCAGGAGGAGAAGGAAAAGCUACGGGUUGAGCUGGAGAAGAAAAUCCGCCCCGACCUGGAUCAGCUGCUGACGCUGAAGGAGCAGCUAGCCAGCAAACUCCAAGCGGCGGUGCGGAGCCCGGCGGAGUCGUGCUGCGCCCGCGGCGUGGAGCCGCUGCUGGGCUGCGUGCUGGAGCAGCUGGCGCGGCCCCUCGGGGCGGGAGCCGAGGCCCUUCGCUCGCUUUUCGCCCGGAGGGUCGACGAGGUGAUCGGCGUGGCCCGGAGCUCGCCCGGCGCCGUCCUGCGGCGGGAGCUUCUGCGGCUGGCGGCAGCGUCCUGGCAGCCCGGCGCCCUGCAGCCCUGCUACGCCGAGGCCGAUCUCUAUCGCGAUACCCUGCGAGGGCUGGAGGAGCGCUUUGGCUUCCGCGGCGGGACCAGCCUGGUGCUCAGCGCCCAGGACCUCAUGCAGCAGCUGAUGCAGAACUGCACCCACACCUUCCAGCAGCUCGCGCAGCAGCACCUCGGCCGGGCGGCCUCCCGCCACCACCUCGCCCAAGCCCUGGGGAAAGUCAAGGAGCGGGUGCUGAAGAAAUUCGACUACGACAGCAGCUCCGGCCGGCAGCGCUUCGCCCAGGAGUGGCUGGUCCGAAUUUUCCUUCCUUUCCUGCUGAAGCAGUUGGAGUCCGGGUGUAAACCGGAGCUGCCGCAGUACGAGAGCUUCGUCUUCGCCGACUUCAGCGGCAUCGUCAACCUGGAAAAUAUUUACGAAGAAACGGUCCGGGCCGUGCUGCUGCGGGCGGUCGGCAGAGGUGAGGGGGCUGCGGGCCGCGGGCUGGAACAGCCCCUCUCCAAAUAUUUGCAGUCGCCGGCGUCGCUGCUGGUUUUUUGUUUUGGUUUGGGUUUUUUUUUUUUCCCAAGCCGUUAAACAGCGCUUUCCAUGUUCGUACACUCAAGUUUCUUUCCAGAUGUUGCCCUCGGCGCGUUCCAGAAGCCCAAAGCUGACUUAUUUUCUUCCUGCCAGUUUUCUUUCCCUCCCCACUGGCUGGAACUUCUCAACCUCUCGCUGGCCAAAGCCGGGGGAAGAAUCCUCUCGUUUUCCAGGCGUGAUGUCACGGGCGGGCAGCGCCGAGUGGCGGGGCUUUCCUGGGGAGCGGGGGCUGCGCGGCCGCUGGCAGUUUAACGCCCUUGGGAGGCGGAUGGGGGGGGGGACACCCAGGGGUGACCCCGGGAUUUCUCGUGGUUUUCCAUCGGCCGAGCGUGAAAUCGGGGCGAAAGCCGGCGGAGCUGGGGUCGGGGCCUCGGCUGGGAAGUCGCGGUGUGAGAAUUUCACUUGACAGUUGUGGCUGAAAGUAGAAGUCGGAAGGUAAAAAAUACGGGGCUGUGAAAUGGUGGUAAAAAGCGGGGCUGGGGGUGACCCGCUGUUGCCUUUCAGCGCUGGCCGAGGCCUCGGGCCCCCCCAGCCCCAACCUCUCCGCCCCCAGCGCCGAGGAGCUGCUCUAUGAGGAGAUGGGCUGAGGAGCCGCCGG